AUGGUCUCCUUCACGACUCUCCUCGCCCUUUCCGCCGGCGCGCUCUCGUCGCCCGUUGUACAACGUCAGAUUGCCAUCCCUGAGAACUGGAACUGGCACGUGUCUGGAUGGGAAGCUGGCUGCGCGCGUUCGGGCUGCUACUACAACUUCAAUGUCACUGUUCCUACCGUUGAGGGCCAAAUUGCCGGCGUGAAGGCCUACUGCAACGGAUACGAGAACGGAUAUUACAGGAAGGGCAACUGGUACGAGAACUGCCAGAUCCUCGAAGGUGUGAACAACGGUGUCGCUGCCAAGCUCAGCGAAAGGCCCCCGGAGAGUGACACAGAGUCUACUUUGCCUCAAGAGAUUCUAAUCAGCUUCGUGUUGGCCGGAUAUGAGGACAGGCCCGCGUACAACUUCACUGGAUCGCACAAAACCAUCUACAACCAAUUUGCUGCCCCUCUGCAGGAGUUCGAUGUUACGCCUACAACGGUGUUCGGUGUGGCGUAA